AGAACUACUCCCUCUGACGUCACAGCGGGUCUCUUCCGUCUGUUCAGUACAGUCACGUGAUCAGAGAGAAGUUUGGAGUCAGACGAGCAGCGGGCUGCAGUCAGACAGGAUGUUGUGUGUUGUGGUGUGUGUGUUGAUGCUCUGCACUGUGACUGACAGCAGGUCGUAUGUCUCCAACCUCCACCAACACUCACAUAAACUGCAGGAGAAGCUGGACCCUGAAGUACACAUGAACAUUUCAGAGAUCAUCAGACACUGGGGUUACCCUGCAGAGGAACAUGAGGUGGUGACAGAGGACGGAUACAUUCUGACUGUCAACAGGAUCCCACAGGGACUGAAGCACACUGCAGGUCCGCGGCCGGCCGUGCUGCUCCAACAUGGCCUCCUGGCUGCCGGCAGUAACUGGAUCACCAACCUGCCAAACUCCAGCCUGGGCUACACGCUGGCUGACAGCAGCUACGACGUGUGGCUGGCAAACAGCCGAGGCAACACCUGGUCCAGGAAACACCGCACGCUCACACCAGACCAGGACGACUUCUGGAGCUUCAGUCAUGAUGAGCUGGCCUUGAAGGAUCUUCCUGCGGUUGUAGACUACAUCCUGAAAGUUACGGGUCAGGAACAGAUCUACUACGUCGGACACUCUCAGGGAACCACGAUAGCAUUCAUAGCGUUCUCCAUGCUUCCUGAGCUGGCCAGUAAGAUCAAGCUUUUCAUUGGUUUGGCUCCUGUAGCCACUGUAUCAUUCACCUCCAGUCCAAUGACCAAACUGUCUGGUCUGCCCGAGGUCCUCAUCUGGGAUGUGUUUGGUAGGCGGGACUUCCUGCCUCAGAGCUACAUGAUCGAGUGGUUUGCAGAACACGUGUGUGGGAAGAAGCUGCUCAGUGAGCUGUGUGGAAACGUCUUCUUCAUCCUCUGUGGCUUCGACGAGAAAAACCUCAAUGUGACUCGGACUCCAGUCUACACCACCCACUGUCCUGCUGGGACCUCCGUCCAGAACAUGGUGCACUGGGCCCAGGCCGUCCAUGGAGGCAAGCUGAUGGCGUUUGACUUUGGAGCUGCAGGAAACAUGAAACACUACAACCAGACCACUCCCCCUCAGUACAAUGUCCAGGAUGUGAAGGUUCCCACCGCUCUGUUCUCAGGGGGACAAGAUACGCUGGCAGACCCCAAAGAUGUGGCUGUCCUUCUCACUCAGGUGAGUAACCUGGUCUUCCAUCAGCACAUUGAGCACUGGGACCAUCUGGAUUUUAUCUGGGGUCUGGAUGCUCCUGAGGUGAUGUUCCCCUCCAUCCUGAAGCUGCUGCAGGAACACCGCUGACAGUGUUUGUGUUGCGUACAUAUUCACGGAUCUGAAACUGUUUUUUUAAACUUUUUACCUCUUUUACUUUUCACCGAUUUCUGCCUCAUGUGUGUUUUUACUCAAACAUUAUUUCUUCAGCUUGCUCUUGAACUCCUUAUUGUGAAAAGCCUCCAGCGACACCUGGUGGAUGAUAAAGGAACUGCGCCUGACACAUGUUCGCCCCCGAGGCUGCUCAUUGGUCAGGAGUGGUUUGAGUAACAUUAACAGUAUGGCUAAAGAACACUCAUGCUAAUCUUAGCUUCCCAGCUCAUCUUAUGUUAACUUUAGUAUGUUAACAUGGUCACAUUAGCAUCACCAACCUUGGUUAUGUUUUUAAAUAAAUAUUUUUUUUAGUAUAAAUCCUCAAAUUAAAGAGCUGUCAGUCAGUCUAAGAGCAGCCACAGCCAAUCGUCUGGCUUGAAUUGUGGUGGGCGGGGUUAAAAUAACUUUAAUCUGAAACAUGUUAAUCUGACGCUGUUUCUGUUAAAAUGAACCUUGUGUUUACUCAAAAUCAAUGAAACAAACACUGAAGUGUUUUCAUUCAUAAUCACAUUUAUACAGAAAAAGUUUAAUUUGAAAUGUUUCAGAUGAUUCAUGUCAUUGCUUCAAUUAUCUAGAGACUGAACAAAGAUACAACCUGUUUUCUUCUUUUCUACUUGUUUCUGUUACACUCGAAGCUGUUCAACAUGUUUCAUGAAUUUCUUGCAGUUUUAUGGUUAAAUGCUGUAAUUGUGAAUCAUUUUAGAUGUAAAAUGUGAACGAGUUGAAAAAAAUCAUAGUGUACCAUGAAGACGUGUUUACAGACAAACGCUUCUCACAUCUUCUCUGUCCCGACAACUUUGGUUGAAGUGAGUGAAAAUACAGUUUGUAAAAAAAUUCA